UUUUCGAAAUUUAAUAUAUUAUUUUUUUUAUAUCAAAAAAUAUAUAUAUUAAAAUGUUGAGAGAGUCCGGUAGAAGGUCUGUGGAUAUGGGCGCCGUGAACCGAAGUUUGAGGAAAGGCAAAGCUAAAGCCACCUCCGACGGUUCGACCUCACGCGGUUCUCGAGGAAGACACUCCGUCUCUUCCUUUCCUACUAUCCCCGAUCAAUUCAUCGAGGAUGGUAUGACGGAUGAAGAAUUCGACCAGAUUUAUUCUGGUAGAGGGGACGCGAAUCUCCCCACUCUUGAUAGUCUAUUCGAAGAUGUUGAUGAAGCAGGACUGGAUAAUUUGGACGGGGACGAGGAGCCUACACCGCACAGCAACGACGUCGACGUGGAGGCAGGUGAGCCCGAGACCUCUCGAGGUCCAGACAAAGAAGAAACAACACCUCCUCCGCCCCCCAAAUCAAAAAAAGGUUUUAAAGGAAUAGUCGGUGGGCUUCUUGCAAAGAAAGGGAAGCGUGCUCAGCCUUCGACGAGUUCAAGUGGUACAAGAGUAAGCUCGCACAACGAACUUGCUAUGUACCAAGGGGUGCCAUGCGAGGACGACGAGGACGACGUGGAGUUUGACGUCCUCGGAUGGUGGAAGCGGAACGAACACAUGUUCCCAUGUCUUGGAAAGCUAGCAAAACAAGUGUUGUCUGUCCCGGUAUCAACCGUAGCUGUGGAACGAGAAUUCAAUGCUGGCGGCAACAUUCUAACCGACUUUCGAAGUUGUCUUAACGCUGAAUCUCUUGAAACACUUAUUUGCAACCAAGAUUGGCUCUUGGCAAGACGUCGAGCUCAAGAGUUAGGACACUCUCAGGGCUGCUCUGAUGUCCAUUUGGAGAAUGGACAUUUGUUUUUGAAGACUAACUGUGACACUUGCUAUUUGCUCUCUGAUUUUGUUAACCUCCUUGAGUUGAAGAUAACUGUCAGAUGCAUACGUCUCCAUCGUGUUGCUCAUAGUGUUACUCAUACUGAUUUGCUUAUCUCCUUGAGAUUGGAGCAGUGUGUCUCUUCGGAUUUCUCAAUCAGUUUGUUGUACCUGGCUUCCGGGAAGAACGUUGCUUCCUCCUCUGCUCCUCCUCCACCACUGGCACACAAGUACCUCGAUGGGUCAUUCCUUUGGUUCAACGACCGCGCAGAGGCGACGCGGUUCUCAGAGAAGUAUGAGCACCGGGAAAUUCUCCCUCCCCGAAUCUCCACCGCUCGCUUCAUUCAUGACUCCAUUCCACGUGAGGCACGGGUUAUCCUCGAACGUGGAAACUUCCUCGACCUCCUCUACAUCAAGAAGGCUCAUUAUCACCCCUUUCUUGUUCGAGCUUUCUACUCGAACUUGAAAAAGGAUGAGGAUGGAGCGUUGAUCUCUAACGUCAACGGGGUGGACAUUUAUUUGAAUGAGGAAAACAUUCAAAUCCUCAUCGGGCUUCGUCGGGACGGACAGGAUCUCGGGCUCUACGUUAGAGAAGAAGGAGCGCGGUUCAAUGAGACCGCUCUCUUGGAGGAAGUGGGCAUCCGACACUUCGUCCCCACUCCCCAACAGCGGCGCCCUACGAUUGCUUCCAUGAGUUCCGUGUUUCGAUUCAUUUUUUAUGUUUUGACACGGAUUCUCAAGCCUAGGAAGUUCAAUCACACCACUCUCUCCCAGGAGGACACGAAGACAAUUCAUGCGAUGAUUCACAACGCCAAUAUCAAUUGGUGUAAAUUUGUGAUGACUCACAUGUUCAACGCCACCUCCGACAACUGGCCGCUCCCCUAUGCUCUCCUUGUCAUGGCGGUCCUUGAUGAGUUCCACAUCAAGACGGACGUCGGGCCAAAAUGCAAAGGAACAAACCAUUGGGAGAUUGACGAGUCUUCCUUCCACCCGGGAACCGAUGAAGCUACGUUCCCGCAGCCUCGUCCUCGCCGCCAACCGAGAGCCACUGCCUCGACCACCACCGCUUCGACCAAUCCUUCUCUCGCCGAGCAAAUGACAGCCUUGACCGCCACUCUCUCUCGGAUUGACACCAACGUCUCCCAAACGACCCAAAAUGUAAAUAUUUUGAGCCGAGAGCUUCACGGGUACUUUGACUUUGUCAAUUACCCUUACGCUCAAAUGGUCCCCUAUGCUCCUCCACCGAAUGUCGGGGGUGCACCAAGUGGGACUAAUAACGUUGGGGGAGAUGAAAAGGUGGACGAUGAGGAAGAGGAAGACGAAGAAGAAGAAGAAGCCGAAGAUGAUGAUGAAGAUGAAGAUGAUGAAGAAGAAGACAUUGACGAAGACCAACUUCUCAAUGAUCUUUCACCGGACUUCUAGAGCUCUAGCUCUACUUUCUUCUCUUCCUUAUUUUAUCAUCUUUUAAUAUGCUUUCGUUAUGUACUCCGUUAUUUCCCUUAAUUAAUUAAUAAAAAUCUUUAUGAUUU